UCGCAUCUUGAAUUCCUUCAGCAAGCAACAGGAUCGCGUACGACAGGGCUCACUGUUGUAUGCGUCCUAUCACCGGCACUGAAAGCCCCAUUCCUGUUCCCCCACAUCCCGUCCUACCUGGGAAACAUUCCGCGAGGACAAGCAGAUAAACACCAUACCUGAACCCUUUCCUUUCGCCAACUUACCGCUCCGUCGCACAAGUUGCUCUUCACCGGAACGAUUGCUACCCGCCAGUCACACGCGCCGGUAUCUUGCCUGUUCGACCGCCCUCUUCGGCGCGGAUCCCUUCACAACAUGACUUCCACGGGUUCGAUAGAGGUGGACAAAAGCAGGGAUGAAGACCAUGAAAACAUACACGAUGAUCCACUCGAAGAAGAGGAGGAGGAGGAGGAGCACGCUGACAUGGACCCCUCACACCAGGAAUACCUAGAACGCCAGCGUAAAUUGGACGAGUUUCUGUCGCCGUUGGUUCUGGAUGAAGCGGUCCUCUAUCAGCUCGCGCGCCGCUUCUCCACAAUCUAUAAAGACCUAGCCCUGCAUUCCAAGGAACAAUUCCUACCGACACCGGUCACCCGUCUACCCACAGGUCUGGAAACGGGUCGAUACCUAGCUAUCGAUGUCGGUGGAACCAAUCUCCGGGUUGCCUUCAUCGAGUUGCUUGGAGAGGCAGCCGAGUCUGAUACACCGCCAGGCGAUGCUUCAGCGAGGUCAAGAGAUACCCUACGCAAGGCACAGAGACAGCGUGUGAAGCGGACAUUAGAAAGAGCAUGGCCCAUCCAGGAGCAUUUGAAGAUGGAUAAGGCGGAGGACCUGUUCUCCUGGAUUGGCGACUGCAUCGCGGAGGUCGUGGCGGAGAGCCUGACCUCGGAAAGCACUCGCGGCGAGAUUCCGGAGGAGUUGGAGAUGGGCAUCACAUUCAGUUUUCCCAUCAUGCAAGAAUCGCUCACUGAGGCGACGUUGAUGCCGAUGGGUAAAGGAUUUGCGAUUUCAUCCGACCUCGAUCUCCGCCAAAUCCUUCUAAAUGGCUACGAGAAGCACACCAGACGCCCGGACGACGAAUAUGAACCAUCCAGCAAACGGCGGAAGCUGUUUAAUCUUCCCAAAUUAAAGAUCGCGGCGAUCACCAAUGACACUGUGGCCACUAUUGCUUCGCUUGCCUACUCUGUGAAGUCAUUACCCAACAGCAGGGUUGCGAUGGGAAUCAUUGUGGGGACGGGUUGCAAUGCAACCAUUCCCAUGAAGCUUAGCUCGCUCCACAAUUCCAAAGCAAAACAGGUACAGCAGAGGAAUCCCGAGGCUGACGAGACUGUGGUCAACACCGAAUGGACGAUUUCUGGUGCCGCUCCGCCAUUGAAAGAGCUCAACAUAAUCACCCACUGGGACAUCGAGCUUGAUCAGGCAUGUGCACGACCGGGAUUCCAACCGUUUGAGUAUAUGACUGGCGGUCGUUACAUUGGCGAGCUCAUUCGGCUCAUUCUCUGUGACUAUCUCACAACUCAAGGUGGUUUAUCGAAGAAGGACCUAUCCGCAUCUCUUGUAAAAGAGUAUGCCUUGACGACCUCUUUCAUAUCUGACAAGGUUGCCCGCUCUCGGUCCGACCAUGAUCUCGCAAGUGGGCUGGCUCAGUCCCUGCCGCCUCCUGAAUCUAGCGAGUGGAAUUGGGAUGCGCCGUCGGCCAACGCUUUCCGCAAGAUUGCUAGGACUGUGCAACGGCGAUCUGCAGGUUUGAUCGCGGCAGCCGUUGUAGGACUCCUUGCUUGUGCGCAGGAGAUCGAACUGAAGGUGGACAGUCCCGGGGGUUCUCCCACCACUGAGAUCAGUGCCAAUCUGGACCUAUCCGCGGUCUCGCAGCAUCUUUCUCCCGCAUUAGAACCGGAAGCAGCGGGUACGAAUGGAUCGGGUAGCAUUAAUGGACCGAUUGUUCCGGUAUUGUCCCCCACGCCUGUCCCUGCAGACUGGCAGUCCGGUCCCGAGGAACUCGUGGUCGCAUACACAGGUGGGAUUAUUCAGCAUUACCCUAGCUUCAAGGAGAUGUGCCAACAGUACAUCGAUCGACUCAUCAUGAGAACGGGUCCGCAGAAGAGCGGCAAGUCGGUGUUCUUGCGCGAGGCGUCUGAUGGGGGUGUCAUUGGCGCGGGUGUUCUGGCAGGCAUGAUUGGCAACAUGUAAGGUGCUGGAAAGCAGUUUCGGUAAUGUGUAGACAGAUGGCUUGGCUUUUGCUUGGAUUUGGACCUGCACUUCGAGGCGUCAAGUAACCGGUAUUUCAGAGGGCAUACUUGCAGUAUAUGCGUAAGGCGUUUCUACGGCGGCCAUUGUACUCCUCUUCGAUGAUAUUAUAGCUACAAUUCGGACGGUUGAUACAUAUGAUUGACAGAAUGCGAUCUUGGUUUACAGGUA